AUGGUGAGCUACGUCGACGGGCCAGAGCAUUCGCCUCCUGCCGCCGGGCGACUCAUAUGCGGUCGCUACCUUCGCCUGCGAAAGAUCGGGACCGGGUCGCAGGGCGACGUAUGGGAGUGCGAGGACAUCCGCACGUCGCACCGCGUCGCAUGCAAGUCCUUCUCCCCGUCCACGCGACGAACCAAAUCCUCCGUGGCCGUACUCGAUAUAGACGCGGAGAUGCGCGCGCUACAAACCCUCGGCGGGCACCCGAACGUCGUACGCCUUAUAGACUUCUUCGUCGAUGCGACAGAAGUCCAUAUUAUAAUGGAACUCGUACAGGGCGGGGAUUUGUGCACAGACAUUUGCGAGAACGGACCGCUGCCGGAGCCGCUGGCUGCUACAGUGCUGCGGCAGCUCGCAUCCGCUGUCGCUUUCUGCCACGCAAACGGCGUCGUGCAUCGCGAUAUCAAGCCGGAGAACGUGUUGUUGGUGCGGCCAACGCAGGGGGAACCAGAAGAUUUGGGAAGCAAAAGGCUGGAUGAUUUUCAGCAUCAGCAUCAGCAUCAGCAACAGCAGCAGCAUCAGCAGCAGCAGCAGCAGCAGCAGCUUCUGGACUUGUGCCCGUCGACUCUCAGCUUUCUCACACCAGAGGCGAGAGAAAAUGCGCUGCUACGAAAAGGGGGCCUUCGUGGCGAGCAGGAAAAGAGUGCGAUCAUGGACUCGGCUCUGAGGAACAGGACGAAUAUCGCAGCACUCUUAUCGAGUACGAGCCUUGUAACGGAGCAAACCUGCGCCGAUACAACCCCGAACGUCGUUCCGCAGAAUCUGGCGCGUUUUGACAUCCAAUCACCGCCUCCACAUUCCCCCGCAGCAACUCCCAAAGCAAGCCCGGUUCGCCCGUCCGUGUUCUCGCGCUUCGGGAGGCUAAAGAUCCAGCAGGCCUUGGCGCAUCGGCUAGGCCACGUGGGCGCGGGGCGCGGGAUUGUCGGAGUGAAGCUGGCGGAUUUCGCGCUGUCGACGACCGUGGAUGGAGGGAUGUCGGGGCAGAAGCACGGGCGGGGAGCGGGCACGCGCAUGUACAUGGCUCCUGAAAUGAAGCAGCGCGGUUCGGGACGGGGCUCAGGAGAGGGGAGAGGUGGAGAGGGAGGAGGUGGAGGGAGGAGAAGUGGCGUGACGGAUGGUGCGCAUAAGGAUGUAACGGGAGGUGGAGAAGGGGAAAUAGGAGGAGGAAAAGAACAUUUUCGGUAUUAUGGGUGUAAGGCCGAUGUUUGGAGCUUAGGAGUGACGCUGUGCGUGAUUCUAACGGGGCUCAUUCCGGUUUUCGACCAAUCAGGCUGCUUGGAUCUAGGCGACCCAGUCUGGAGAAGGGUUUCGUGGGCGGCGAAGGAUCUCGUCCGUAAGAUGCUCCAGGUGGACCCGAAUCAACGGCUGAGCUCGUUCGAGGUUCUGGAGCACCCGUGGCUGAAUCAGAGGGCGGUUCGGAUGAGAGACAUUGCCACCCGGUGCCCGAACCUGCUCUCCCCGCUGCUUCCUGCCCCUGCUGUAAACACAACCAACCAUCCGGUGAUGAGUGAAGCAAGGAGGUGCUUGAGGCCUUCUUUCCCCUCCAUUCACCUCUGUCCCCGCCACCCUCCUCCCCCCACCUCCCCUCCCUCACCCCCUCCAUUCUUCUUCCCAGCACAACCAACCAUCCGCAAGGAGGUUCUUGAUGCCUUCUUUCUCAGCAAGGCCGUAGCAGAGGUGUUUUUCCUCCCCUCUACCCGCCCCUCCCCCCCUCGAAGUGAUGAGCGCAGCAAAGAGGUGCUUGAUGCCUUCUUUCUCGGCAAAGCUGUAGCAGAGGUGGUAUCAGAGCGCGUGGGGUCUGCUGUGGGGGAGAUUCUGAGUGAAGUGGGGAGGCGGCAGGCGGAGCUGCAGCAGCAGCUGAAGCAGUUCCAGGUGAGCCGAUGUGUCUCGACCAAGUCAAUCAGAGGAGGCAUUGGUUGGUAG